GGGCAGAUGUUUGAGUGGAAAGCAGUAUUGGAGAGGGGGAAGAGAAAGAAGAAGGGAGGGAUUAGUUUAGUCACAAAUCUUAUUUAUAUGCCUCAUGUCUUGAGGUGUAGGAAUGAUUCUUGUCUUGGGUAGAUGAGGCGGAGGAGCAGCUUUAGUCUAACUCAAAGUGAAGUGACAGAUCACGAACAGAGCAAGCACAGGAUCUUGGCUUGAUGCGAUGCUUUGAAGAACUUGAGACAUGAUGUGGAUUUAUUUCUUCUUCUUCUUUUUGACUGAAUCUUGGAGCCUGUCUGGAGGAACUAACACCACUAUGAUCUCAAAUACAACUACUCCAGUUGUGAAGUAUUAUGUUGACAGGAAGGAAGUCUACAAUCAUGGGAGUAACGUGAUUCUAACCUGCAGCAAUAAGACAUGGAACGAGAUACUAUAUGUUAUCUGGAACAUUAAAGUGAAACGCAAAGCCUGCACGAUUUCAUUCAGUAAUGAUGGCCAAAGUGUUGAUAACUGCACUGAUGGAAAGUCUCUCAAAAACAAUUCAAUUGGUCAAUCAUACUUGAAUAUCCCAAACUUUUCAGCCAAUGAUGUUGGGGUUUACAUGUGCGAAUCAGUGUACCAUGGAGGAAAUGAAUAUUAUAAUAUUAAAGUGGCUGUCACAGCUCCUCCUCGUGUGUCUGCCUGGUUAGAGUAUAGGGGUAACAAGAUGGUGGCCGUUUGCAGAGCUGAGAGCGGGAAUCCUGCUGCCAACAUCAGCUGGAGUCCUGCAGGAAAUGAUUCAGUGACAAAGAAACAAGACCCAGAUGGAUUUGUAACAGUGGAAAGUCAGCUGGAGCUCCCUGAGAACGUGGAUAGAGAGAACCUGACAUGUAUUAUCCGGCACCAGUACUGGGAUCAGGAGGAGAUUUUGGUACCAGAACUCAGAAAAGCAUAUCUUUGGAGUUGGAUCCUCAUCCCCGUUAUCGGGGUCAUUUUUGUGAUUUUGGCAGCUUUUUCUGCUUUGGUAAUGAAGAAAGUUGUAUCUUUAAGACAAUGUCAAAAUACAGACACACCAUCGAAAUCACCCUCGGCAGAGGAGGUGGAGGAAGUGGAGCCUUAUGCUAGUUACGUUCAACGUGUCAACUCUAUAUACAACUAGACUGCUGAUGCGUUAGCAAAGAAUUCCAUUCGAUGCAACACAAUUGCACAUUGAAAUGCACAUCUAGGGACUUUGUGAGAAAGCGAGGGCUGUGAAACUGAGAAUUGGUAAAGUAGUAAAAAAAAAAGAAGUGAGCAGAGAUCAAAAGCUUCCGGUAAGAGAGGGAAGCCUCUUGGUUCAAAGCCGUCCAACAAGCAGCACAUACUGAUGGAACAGGGGAUGUACCAGGUGUUACUUACAGGCUCCCAUUCACCGUAUAUUCUGCCCACUGGUCUCUGUGAGUGGGUAUCAUGGAGAACUUUAAUAAUUACUACAGAUGUGAUGAACCAACGGACUGGAAUAAAUCUGCAAGCCACAUGGAGACCACAGUGAUUACUAACCACUUUGGAUGUUGAUUGUAAAUAUGUAGAAUACUAUAAUUAUUUAUGAACUGAUAGGAAAUUCCACAUUUUGGGAGAUAUACUCAGGGUAACCCAGUCAAACCAGGAAACAUAAUAUUUGUAUGGCACAGUUGUCUUGGGAUGAUUUGUACAAUACUAUGUAAACUAUUAGUUGUAUAUAAAAUACCUAAUCCUGUACAUUAAAAUAUAUGAAAUCAA